UUUUGAAAAAAAUGUCGGAACUGAGACCUCACUAUUUUCAACUGAUCAAGUCAAAAUUCUUCUACUUAUGUUCUUUCAUUAUCUCUCACCCUCUCUACUUCUUUUACUUCAUUUUCUUCUCUCCUUACAUUCUUAAACUCCUUUCAUUCCUCUCUCCACUCUUCAUCACAAUUACCCUUUUGCUCCUUGCCCUUUUUACCAUCUCUCCAAGUCUCAUUCUUCACAACAACACGAAAGGAUUAACACGAAAGGAUGAUGAAGUAGUACUCGACGAGUUGGAGGAAUUUGAAGCCUACAAAAUUGUGUUUGGCGCGUCCAAAGUUGAUGAUCAAGAAAACCAUGUCGAGUUCUUGGACUAUACAUCAGCUGAGGAAAGUGAAUCCCCUAUUCUUGAUCAAUUGGGAGAAAAUCAAGGUGAAAUGGAGAGUACUAAGCAUGUCAUAGAGGAGAAGACAUUGGAAACUUGUUUCAAAGAAGUAGAUGAAUUUGAAAACACCACUUUGAGUCAUAAUGUGGAAGUGAAGAAAGUUGACAAAAUGAUUGAUAAGCAAAAGGAAGAGGUACUUGUGGGAAAUGAACUUAGAAAAAAAGUUGAAAAUGUGGGAACUGGUUAUGGAUCAAUGAGGAAAGAAAAAGAGUGGAAAAGGACAUUGGCAUGCAAACUAUUUGAGGAAAGGAACAAUGCUAGUCAUAGCAAUAGUGAAGGAAUGGACAUGUUGUGGGAAAAAUAUGAAAUAGACACCACAAAAAACAAGACAAAAAGGGACAAUAAUGUAAAGAAGAUGAAAAAGAAAGCAGAGUUGAAAGAAUAUGAUGAGGAUGAACAAGAAAUGAAUGAUCAAUUGUGUUGUUUACAAGCCUUAAAGUUUUCAGCUGGAAAAAUGAAUUUGGGCAUGGGAAGGCCUAAUCUUGUCAAGAUUUCAAAGGCAUUUAAAGGUUUUGGAUGGCUACAUCAUGUGGGAAAGAGUAACAAGAAGGUGCAUUGUGGUGAUGUAAGUUGCUCAGACUCUUAAAAAUGUCAGAUGGUGGUGCAUGUUGAAUGUUCUAAAAAUGCAGCACGAGUACAACAAAGAGUCCAUAAAAUUGACUUUCUAUGAAAAUAAUUAGCUACAACAAUUAUGCAUUUUGAGGCUUCAUUGUAAAUUGGCUAGCUUUACACUAGCUGUCAACCUACUGUAACGUUUCUACUUUAUCCAGAGCGAACUUAGAUAGGCGCAGUAGUUAGAUAUAAGGUGAACAAUGUUUCUAGUAUUAAAUAUGCUUUGAAGAAAACUACACUACUUGUCAAGUAGAUUACUUCUUGUUUUAGUCCUUAAAUCUUAUUCAAGCAUAG